AUGCGUCCGAACCUGCUUAAGCGGGCACAAAGUUCGAACGCUCGCCAAGGGCUCAGCAAUCUAUUACAUUCCAGAGGCAACUCGCCGCACCCGCAACCCGAUACUAUUUCGGGCCUGAAGGUCAUCGAAGAGGAGACAUUGCCCAGGUACAAUGCCGAAAGCUUCUAUCCUGCACGUCUGGGAGAGGUCCUGAACGACCGCUACAAACUCCUCGUAAAACUGGGCUAUGGCAUGACUGCCACAGUCUGGCUGGCCCACGAUCUACAAGCUGCCGCAGAUGCUGGGAAUCGGAAAUACGUGACAGUCAAAAUCAACGUGAAUAAUUUGUCCGAUGAGUUUCUCCAGGGUCGUCGUGAAAUCGCGGAAAGGCUCCAGACAGCGAAUCCGAACCACCCCGGCUAUAACCAUGUUCGAUUCAUGCUCGACACGUUUCGCAUCAAAGGCAGACAGGGCGAGCAUCUGUGUAUCGUCUACGAUGUUCUGCGUGAACCCAUCGACAUGUGCAUGGAGAAAUUCCCCGGGCGACGGUUCAAUUCCGAGAAGCUUCGAAAGCUGUUGCCCGCCCUUCUCCUGGGCCUUGAUUACAUGCACAGCGAAGCACGGGUCGUGCAUACUGAUCUGAAAGCCGACAACAUUAUGAUGGGGCUUGGGGACCCGUCAGUUCUCGACCGGUUUGUACAGCAUGAGCUCGAGCAUCCCUCGCCGCGCAAGAUGCCGGACCACCACGGCCGCAUCAUCUAUACCUCCUGCAGCGACUUUGGUGAGGCUCCUUCAGACGCGGUCAUCGAGUCGGCCAAGAUCACCGACAUUGGCCUGGCUCAAUGGGGAGACGUGAAAAACACGAGACCCAUCCAGUCGAACGCGUUCAUGGCCCCCGAAGUCAUCCUACAGUGUGGCUGGUCCUAUCCGGCCGACAUCUGGAAUUUGGGAGUCAUGCUGUGGGACUUGUUCGAAAACUUCGGCUUAUUUGACGGUAUCGACACGCGGCCUGGGCAUUAUCGACCGGAAAAGCAUCUAGGUCUCAUGAUCGCCCUGCUUGGGCCACCCCCCAUGGAACUCCUGAAGCGGGGCGCGAAGACGUCAAACUACUUCGAUGCUCAGGGACAGUUCAAGUACCCUGACUAUAUAUCCAACGACGACCUCACCUUUGAAAGCUCCAUUGUGCGCUUCAGGGGAGAAGAAAAGGAGCUGUUCAUCGACUUCGCCAAGAAAAUGAUCACUUGGCUACCGGAGGACCGGUGGACCGCGAAGCAACUGCUCCAGCACCCCUACCUGACCAAAGAGCGGGAAUAUAUCCCCACCCCGGCCUUGAGCCGAGCGUCAACAGAGACAUUCGGCUCCCUGAUGCCGUCACGCGUCGGAACCCCUGGGCCUUCAGCACAUCCGUUAUCGUCAUGCAUCCAAGUGUCAACUCCCCCGGAGGAGCCGCCUGCUCACACCUCUCCGACCGACCCGCGCGGUGCUCCGCUGCAGAAAGCCGUUUCCAUCCCCCGUUCCCAUAUGACGACCUUGCCGUAUCAGCUGAAGAAAACAGACUCGGUUCUGAGCGAGAGCGCAAAGUCUACUGUUCCACAGUCGAACAAGUCUUCGCAGGACCUUAUCGACUCGAUCCUUAAAAGGGGAAAAGCAAAUCAACCUAAGCCCGCGGAGCCGAAUUGA